UGGGGGCUGUAGUUUCCCUACGCGGGCAGGCUGUACUCCGUCCCCUAGCGCGUGGCGCAGCGCCGGUCCGGGCUCCGCGUGACUCUGCAGCCCGGUCCGUGCGCUCCGGGCUUUGUCCCCAGGCUGGGCGGGGGCUGGGACGGACCGGGCCGCGCCUCGGGUGAGGAGCCCCGCAGCAGCCCAGAAAUUCCAGCAGCACCGAGAUCUAUGUCUGGGAGAUUCUCUGCAGCAAGGAGACAGAGAGACUGGCCUGAAGGUGGCUCGCCCUGACUGACAGCCACCUGGGAAAAGGUCCUUUCCCUCUGAUGCACCAGAGAGGGGCGACGGCAGAGCCAUGUCUGUCGUGGAUGAUGGUUCUCUAAAGCACCCCCCGGAGUCUGCAGUGGACCAGCGCUGGAAGUUCCUCGUCUUCUACCUCUGUUUUUAUGGCUUCAUGACCCAGAUCAGACCUGGGGAGAGCUUCAUCACCCCCUACUUGCUGGGAGCUGACAAGAACUUCACCACAGUAGAGGUGACCAACGAGAUCACUCCCGUCCUGUCCUACUCCUACAUGGCCGUGCUGGUGCCCAUCUUCCUGCUGACGGAUUACCUGCGCUACAAGCCGGUGCUGGUGCUGCAAAGCCUGAGCCACAUCUCCAUUUGGCUCCUGUUGAUCUUCGGCACCAGUAUCCUGGCCAUGCAGUUCAUGGAGUUCUUCUACGGCAUCACCAUGGCGGCCCGCGUGGCCUACUCCUCCUACAUCUUCUCCCUGGUCACCCCCUCGCACUACCAGCGCAUGGCCGGCUACUCCCGCUCCGCCGUGCUGAUGGGCGUCUUCACCAGCUCGGUGCUGGGGCAGCUCUGCGUCACCGUGGGCGGGGUGCCCUUCAUGACGCUCAACUAUGUCUCGCUGGGGUUCAUGCUCUUUGGGCUCCUCCUGACGCUCUUCCUGGAGCAGCCCAAGCGAAGCCUCUUCUUCAACCAGAGUGGUGGCCCCCCCCCCUCUGAGCUGGACAGGAUGCACCCAGUCGGGGACAAGCCCGUGCCCCCCGCGCCCUCCCACUGGCGCAGCUCGGCCCUCUUCCGUAUGCUGAGGGAGCUCGGCACUAUCGCCAAGCUGCCCCAGCUGCGGCUCUGGUCCCUCUGGUGGAUCUUCAACUCUGCCGGCUACUAUCUCAUGCUCUAUUACGUGCAGCUCCUGUGGAAUGAGAUUUACCCUACCACGGACAACCGCAAGGUCUACAACGGCGGGGUGGACGCCGCCUCAACACUGCUCGGUGCCAUCACUGCCUUCGCGGCGGGCUAUGUGAAGAUCCGCUGGGCGCGGUGGUCGGAACUGGUGAUUGGCGGCGUGACGGCAUUCCAGGCGGGGCUGCUCUUGCUGAUGAGCACCACCAGCAACAUCUGGCUCUGCUACGGGGCCUACAUCCUGUUCAGGGGCUCCUACCAGUUCCUGGUCCCCAUAGCCAUUUUCCAGAUUGCCACCUCCCUCUCCAAAGAGCUCUGUGCCCUGGUGUUUGGCGUGAACACCUUCUUUGCCACCGUCCUGAAGACCAUCAUCACCAUGAUCAUAUCAGACAAGCGGGGCCUGGGCCUUUCCGUGCAUCCGCAGUUCUAUGUGUACUUCGCCUACUUCACACUGCUGGCAGUGGUGUACCUGGGGGCAGCGGUGUGCGUGGCCGUGACGCACCGCCGGCGCAAGGUGCCGCAGGAGCCGGCGUUCGCCAAGGAGCUCGGAAGUCCUGCUGAGGAGGCAUCAGGGAAGGAGAGGAGCUUGGAGCCGGGCAGUGUGCACAUCUGAGUGCAUCUGGGAGAGGAGACCCGAGGGAGUGGCCUGUGUGCCCACCCCAGCCCAUCACAGUCCCAGGGAAUGGCUGGCCACGGUCCUCUUACCUUCCUCACAGUGUCAAUGUGCACCUGAGAAAGCAAGGAGCGCAGGCCAGGGUGAGGCUGCAGUCCUAGCCUAGCUUGUAGGGGCCACCAAUCCCCAGGGCUGUGCGCACCCUUGGUCCCCAGACUGCUACUGCUGGCAGAGCUGCCGCUCCCGCCCGCUCCCAUCACAGCCUCAGUGCCGGCAGAAGCCGCACCGUGCAAACCCCAGUGUUAAGAAUGGCCUUUGAGGACAGAAUGGUGCAAACCCGGAGAUCCCAUCCCAGCGCCAGGCCUGGCCCCAGGGCUGCUGCUUUGAGUGACACGGCUCCAUUACUGACGCGGUUCCUGGGCUGGGUUUUCCCAAUAGACACUUGCGCGCGCACACACUCAUUCGGGGUGACCUGUGCCCAGCGUACCAAACUCACCUUAGGCUCCUCCCAGAACAUGAGGAAGGGACUACACCCGAGAUGUUGCUAAGACAAGCCCUUGAGGCUCUUUUCUUCGCUUCUGGUGUCAGCCCUCACGGGUCCUGUGCUCCAGCUUUGCUCCACGCAGGCUAGACGUGUGCUCUUCGUAGUGAACGCUGAGUGUCCCGUGUAAUCACCUGACUUCAGGCCCUGGGGCUUGGAGCACUUCACCCGACGCGUCCCCCCGCCAAUGCACUGCUUCAGCAACUGUGCAGCCACUGCUCCCCCGGGCCUCUCUGCACAAAGCAUCUGACCCUCUGGCGUUGAUUCUACGGCCGCACCAGGAGGGCCAGCCAGGCCCUCCCCACACGUGGCUCUGUAGCUUUACAGCAUGGCCCGCAGAGCAGCCUUGCCCUGUACUACGGGGGCUGGAAAGUCUUUGCACUAACCCUGGGCCUUGUGGCAUAACUGUGGCCCAUACUGCAUACAGCCAGGGAGGUUCGACCCAAGCGGGACCGUGGUUGGCUCGCCUUGCCCAAGGUGGGGGCUGGGCUGGGCUGAGAGGGGCAGGUGAGCUGUGCCCUCCUGCCUGGCUCACAUCAGCUGACUGUAACAGAUUGUGGCGGGGGGAAGGCGGCUGUAAGUGCGGGGAGGCAUCUGGCAGCCCUUUCUAGCCCAACAUGGAGCUAGGGGGGGGGCCCAUUCCUGCCCUCAGCCGCUGUGCUCCUCUUGGGUCUGCAGCCUGCACCGUGGUGCAGCAGUGGCCACUGGGGCCAUAACCCUUGUGUGCUGGAGAGUGGAACACAGCAGCCUGUGCCCUGAUGGGCAGUGCUGCUGCUCACACCCACGUGCUGCCCUCUGUGCACAUGGCCAGGAGCAGAUACCCCGCUGUGACAAUCUGCUGGGGCGCCCCGCCUUGUGCGUGAUAGCGUUACCCUUCCCCUCCCCCCAGCCUCAGCCAGGGAGCGUUUUAAUACUGCUAAGCUGCGUUCCAGCUCCCGGCCAUGCCAGCAAACGCCGCAGGGCUCUGCCAAUCUAAACCGUGCCUUAAACUGUGAACCCCCCAACUCCCGAAUUCCCCAGCAACAUCUCCCAGCAGCGGCCAGCCCCCUAACUGCACACGCUUACACAGUAGUAAGGUUUUUUUGUUGCUUUAAAGAGCCAAUCCACAGCCUGCUAGCUUCAGAGGGGCGGCUGUACCCACCCUUCCAUUAGUGCACCCCCUUGGCUCAUCCUGAAUGUCAACCACGUUUAGUAACAAACUGUCCUAGGGCUAAGUGCUACCACGUGUCGAAUAAAGCUAGACGGGGGUUACACGCAAA